AUGGAGAAAAUAUCUUUGUACGAUCCCGAAACAGACACCUCAGUGGAAGUGUUAUUGUCCAAAGAAGAUGCCACUCGUGUACAAACAGAUAUGGAGUUUGCAACUCUCCUAAUGAAUUCAGCUCUACAAGAACAACGGGCUGUAUCCACUGUAUCUGUCGCAGAGCAGAAUAUGGAAACUCAGAAUGCAGAACCAGACGAACCUGAUGAACAAAAGAAAUGUAUUGCUACUAAUGAGGUGGAAAGCGAAGCAGACGAAGGUUCUCUUUAUCGGUGGUCAGCACCAUGUAUUUUAUUACUUUUGGAGACAUACAGGGACAUGGAAGAUAAAUUUAGUAAUGGGAAAUAUUCUCAAAAGAAAUGCUGGGAGAUUGUGUCGAAGACACUGAAAGAGAAUCUCUACAUUGCCACCGGUCCUCAAUGUGCUGCAAAGCUACGCAGCUUGAAAAAAACCUAUAAAGCCAUAAAAGACCAUAAUAAUAAGUCUGGAAAUGACCGAAAGACUUGGCAAUAUUUUAAUAUCAUGGAUGACAUAUUUUCAAAAAAGGCAUGGUGCAUGCCUGUAGCUGUGGCAUCAUCUUCGGGAAUAUCCCUGGUUAAUGGUGUUAGUGAUCAAAAAUCACAUAGUUCCAUAACACCUGGUCCUUCAAAUUCUGGCAAAAUUUCUGCCACAACCCUUCUUCAAAAGAGGAUGAAGCAGAAAGAGCAACAUGAAGAUGCAAAACAAAAGCGCCACAAUGAAAAAAUAAAAAUGGAUCAACAACUCCUUGAUAUUUUACAAAAGUUUGUUGAAAAAGAAAAGUGAUAUUGAUGAAGUGAUGAAGAAUAAAAGUUUCAGUUUGUGUUUUUGUAGAAGAUAAUUUUAUUUUGUCUUUUUUUCACAGUAUAGUUUUUG